UACGACGGCGAUGCCGGCGACUCGGCGCUGGAGUGGAGCAACGACAUGGGCCAGGCCUUCGCUCAGGGCGGACUCCGCCUCCACCAGAACCAGAUCCUGGUCCCACAGACGGGCCUGUACUUCGUCUACAGCCAGGCCUCGUUCCGGGUGUCCUGCAGCGAGGAGGCGGGGCACGCCCGGCGCCCCACGCCCCUCAGCCACAGGAUCUGGCGCUUCUCGGACUCCAUAGGAAGCAAAGUGUCCCUGAUGAGCGCUGUGAGGUCAGCGUGUCAAAACGGGCCGGAGGAGGGCGGGAAACGGGGCCAGGGCUGCUACAGCUCCAUCUACCUGGGGGCCGUGUUCAGCCUGAAGAAAGGGGACCGGCUGUGGACGGAGACCAGUCAGCUGUCGGACCUGGAGACCGACGAGGGGAAGACUUUCUUUGGUGUGUUUGCUCUUUGACCUCCCUGCUUCCAGGCGACAGAUGAUCUGAACAGGGUUUAAAAAAACUAACAUUUUUAACUUUGAUUCAUCCUGCAGGUGACAUAAAAAUGUUUCUGUCUCCAUGAAGACCAAACUUUAUAAACUGUAACAGUUUGAAACUUUAAUCCUAUUUUAGGCACUUUUUAAAUGUUUUAUUUAAGCUGAUCUGAGAUUUUAGUUGAGCAAAGUCUGUCUGCUGUAGCAGAUAACAGCACAAUCAUUUACUAUUUACUUUAUGUCUGUAUUUAUUUAUAUUUAUUCAUAUUUAAAGC